CUGGCCAAUAGCCGUUUUCGUCUUCAAUUCGUCGUAUUCAGUAACUGGGUAAUGGGCGGUCUUUCACCAGCUCAAUACCCGCCUAGCAGCGUAGGGUUAGGUUGCGCAUAGGUUGCAGUUUCAGUUUGUUUUAUUCACCAUUUUGAGUAGCAGAAGGUAAAAUUAAACAUAUUUCUCCUGUAGGAUACAAUUGCAAUUUAAUAUUUCUCUAGGAAGGACGGUUAGGAUUUGGUGUUUAUUUUGGCGAUAUUUCGUAUUACCCCUCGUGUCGCAGGACUGGACGGUGUUUUUUAUCUUACUGAUUCUUCUGUGCUCUUUUACAUUUGUAACCUCUACAGUAUUCCAGCAAAAUGUCCAGACCAGUGAGGAACCGGAAGGUGGUGAAUUACUCACAGUUCAACGAAUCGGAUGAUGCAGAAGAGGAGUAUGGAAAAGGUGCUGGAAAGCCUGCCAGAAAGGUUCGGGAGGUGAAACAAAAGGCAUCCAAGAACUCCCAGGAUGACAGUGAGGACUCCGAUGAUAAACGCUCCAAAUCAAAAAGUGACUCCCCAGAUACAAAAAUCUCAAAAACGUCUGUCGUAGAUGACUUUGGCAGCGAUGAAGAUAACAACUUUGGAGAAGAGGAUGAUGAAGAGGGUGGCAGUGAUUAUGAGACGAAAAAAGCCAAACCGGCGCCAAAGAGAGGAAAAGUGGAGAAACCCAGCAAACGGUCGCUGAAGAGGAAACGAGGUGGAGAUGACAGCGAUGAUGACCGGGCGGUCAGCCGAAAGGUACGUACGGUGAGGCAGGCGGCGACCAAAGCCGUGUCCAAACAGAGAGAGAUGAUCCUGGCUCCUGGCGGCAGUGAGGAUGAGGAGCGUGACGAAGAGGAACAGCCCAAUGUAGAGAAAGAGUCAGGCAGUGAUGAAGACUUCAUGAUGGACGAUGACGAUGACAGCGACUACGGACGUUCUAAGAAGAAGGGGAAGAAGGUGAUAACCAAGAGGAGCAAGCCUGAGAGGAAGGAGAAGAAAUCCCCCAAACCCAGGCUAAAGGCCACAGUAACCCCUAGCCCCAUGAAGGCCAAAGGCAAGGGCCGACCCAGUGCAGCCAAAUCCCAGGAGAAAUCCUCUCCCAAGGAUGAGGAUGAGGAUGACAUCGAGAGCCCACAGGAGGAUGACGAGCCGGAGGAGAAGAAGGCGAAGUCCCCUCCCACCUCCAAGAAGCAGAAGAAGCCGAACACCGCUGACGAGGACGACGACGACGAUGACGAAGAGGAGAACGGCUCAGAUGAAGACGGCGCAUCCGGGGAUGACUAGGCAGGCAGCCACUCUCAAGCCCCCUCCCCCUUCACCUUUUUCAUUUUUCUCCAUCUUGCUUUUCAUUCUCUCUGUCUUUUUUCAUUUUUUUUUUCUUCCUGAAGGUUUGUGUGGUUGCCUGGCUCAGUGGGUUCUGCCCAGCUCUGGUUCUGAUAAUUCUUCAUUGUUUUUUUUAUUGUUUUUUUUUUUUUUUUUUUCUUUUCACGUUUGCAGUAUGUGUGUAUGUGACUGCAUGAAUGGUGAUCUUUCGCCGUUUUAUUUAUCAAUAGAAAUUCAUGGGGCUGACCCCUGUAGCUGAAGCUCAUUUUGUCCUCUAUUGCACAAAACGUUUUUUGCUUUUGUUUUUGUUUUAGUUUUAUGUUCCAAAAACCGAAAGCUGUAAGAUUUCUCUGAAGAUUUCUCUGAAGCUCAGUUUCCUAGUCUAUCUCCGUCCUCUCUGUCAUCUCUAAGUUAACCGUAGCUGGGUUAUACGGAGGGGGAAAGUUAUGCUGCUCUGCUGGCCACAGUAUAUUUUAUUGUCUUAGUAUUUUAUUCAAUUCAAUUCUCAGCUCAAAUGUCAUUGGUCAUAGGCACAAUCCAAUUUCCUUUGUGUAGCUGCCUACGUGAUGGUGUUAAAGACAUAGGAUCAUUGUAACAGUAUGGGUUAUGGGUAUGUUAUUUGAGGAGAGUGUGGAUUGAGGGUAGUCCUCACUGGAGAUUUUGUUUUGAAUCUGUAUCUCUGGGAAACCAUGCAUCACACACACACACACACACACACACUCUCUCUUUCCCCUUGCUCUGAACUAACGGCUCUUGGGCCCACUUACAUAGGUCCCCAACAUUGUUUCUCCAAAGAAACUCGGAGGUGGAAGUGUAUGCAUGUUUUCCCAGACCUGCAGAUUCUGUCUCAAUCGCAUUGCUUCUGUGGAUUUCACCGUUUAAAAAAAAAAAAAGAGAUGUUUUUAUACAGAAACACAUUUCCCAAUUCUAAAGACUGUCCCAAUAAAAGCUCUGAAUUCUGGCUCAUGUUCUGACAUGAUGGUUUUAGGUCUUGACCUCUGGCCAUCCAGAGGUCACGGAGCUCCAAAGGAAUAUGACAUGGGUUGAGAGGGUGGGUGUAGUUAGUCUGACUAUGAUAUGACUAGUGGAUGAGGCCCUUCCUUCAGGAUGAGAUCUGAGCUCUAUUAGAAUAGCACGAGCAAUGAGUCCCAAUAACUGUAACCCUGCUAGCAGGAUCUGUUCUGAUUGGUUAGUCCUAUACCCUUUGUACUGCUCAUUAAUCGGCUGUGGUUGCGAGAUCUCAAUCUCAAUCGCCUGCCUUGGUUAGAGUGGUGACUUCAGGAAAUCCGCUGCCGGUGUCUUCAAAAGGGUCCCGCUCUUUUGUGCUUGAAAGAGUUCCUGCUCUGUUGUGCUUGAAAGAGUUCCCGCUCUAGUAACGGUUCCUGGUUAUGCAUGUAUUCCAUUCUUGGCAAAAAAAGAAGAGCCUUUUCUCAUGUGGUUCAAUUCACUGGGCCAGGCCAGGCACGUCCUCAGCAUUUUAGUACCUACAUUUAGCUUUUGUUGGUUUGGGAAAAUACAAAAAAAAAGUCCAAAAAAUCGUUUUGUUUGUUUGGAAUGUGUUUGUUUGUUUUUAUAAUUCCUCUUCUGAAUUUUUGUAAUGUUUGUUUUUUAAGAAAAGAAAUAAAAAUGUAUCUUGAUUUUAAAGAGAAAGCAUACCCUAUAUCUAUCUCUUUUACUGAAGCCUUGUGGAAAAGACCGGAUGGUCAUCUCAGACACCUUUUUUCUGUCAAUACACUCUUGCUCUACUUCCUUUGACCUCUUUUCUCUCCAUUUUUGACCGUUAUGUAUUUUGCUGUGUGUACAAACAUAACUUCAGCAACCAUCUCCUCGGCUUAAAGCACUCACUCACAAACAUUCCAUGCCCUUCCUGUGAAUACUCGUUUGCGAUGUGUGUUUCUUUGCCCAGCGUUUCUUUUCAAAACAUUAGAAGGCUACCCUUUUCUAAUAUUGAUUUAGUUUUACUGUGAUCCUGUCAUUAUGGAAGAAGGAUGAAUGAAAUGUUUACUUAAGUGUGUUAAGAGGCAAUAUCUUAUAUGUUCCUCACCUGUUGCAUUACUUGCAUCAGACCAGCAGCUCAGCUUGAGGGCCGCCGUGGAGGACUACUGUGAAUGCUGGCAUUGUUGUGGCAUUGAACCAUGAAUGUAGAUAUUUAAAUGACAUUUCCUCGCCGUGGUAGUUAGGUGCCAUCUCAUCUGAAAGCCCCAUGUGUGGUUGCCACCUAAACGUUUUCACCCAUCCCAGAGAAACAACACUGUGGUUUGGGUACAGAACAGGGCUUUUUUUUUUGCAAAUGUGAUAUGCUGGCAUGCUUUACUUUUGAGAAUACCUAAGAUGUUAAUGCUAUUAUCUUUUGUCCAGUGUUCAUCCAUGCAAAUAACCAACUGAACAAUAGACUGGAUCCAUCCGAUAGUGUUUGCACAAGAGCCUACAAACAAGCGGAAUCUAAAUGGUCAUAUUUAGAUGUUUUGUUUUGUUACUAUCCGUAUUUUCUAGGACUGGCAACAGUCCAGGUUCUGAGGCAACAUUCCCAGCCUGUUAAUUAAGGCCAAAGUUUCUUGUGAAGCUAAAUGAAAUAUUGAAACGAUCAGCUUGCGUUCUGCUGUGUGUGGUCUGAGCUGGAAUAUGGUGGCAUUUGAGUUCGGCAAGUGGUAGGAGGUUUUCUCUUUCCCUUUGAUUUCUGUGAAUGUGUAAUUUUAGAUGUUUCUAUUAAAAUCAUCUGACAAAUUGUAAUACUCAUUUUUUGCAGAUUGCUGAGUGUUGGUCUCAUGAGGCCACUCCAUGACAAAAGGACAUGUCUAGGAACAUCUUGAAUUUUUUAUUGUGAAUUACAGCAAAAUCCUCUACAAAAAGAAAAUUUCUCCUAAAACCUACCCCUCAACUUUACAUUCAGAUUUGCACUGUUCUGGUUGUCUGAGCUCUUAAGAAAGCAUGGGUUAGGAUUAUUCUUACCCACAUUACAACCAAAAUCUCCCAGAUAUAUUGUAGUAUAUAUAUCUGGCCCAAUAAGACUGGCACAAGUUCACCAGUUCUACCUUUCAAAAUGUCUCAAUGUCAAGAAUGGUUAGGAAUGGAAAAUGACGCUUCAAAUAGCAUAUAGCUGAAGAAGGCCUGAGGUGGUCAUAUACAAGGAGACCCUUGCUCGUGUGCCUGAUGGGCCUUCCUGUGAAGGCCAUUGGCUAUAGUUUAAUGGCUAUUCAGUGACUUGGGGUUCUGGUUGUAUGAAGCUUUUGUCCUAACCCUUUUUGAAGUGAAUGUACUUGUCAGUGCCACAAAGCCAUAUUGCUCCACCCUGUAGUUGUACCCUGAUUUUGGUAGUUGUGCGUGUCCUUCCCAUGCAGGUGAGGCUGUGCUUUAGGUGUGUGAGGGGGGGGGACAGACCAGAGGACCGCCUCGAAGGACAGACUGAACAAUUCACCUUUUUCCAGUCUUUCUAUAUAAAAAACAAAACAAAACAAAAAAAGAAUGGCUUCUUUUGUUAGUGUUUGUGGCGUUUCCUCUUCAAUCUUCAACUGUCCUCAUGAUGUAUGUGUGAAGAAGCUGACAUUCUCCUGUUAAGGGACCUGACAGCAUUUGGAGAGGUGUUUUUUUUUUGUGCAUGUUUAUGGGGAUGGGAGUCAUAAAGGCAAUACUGUGGGCUUAAGGGUCAAAUGACAACCACAAUGUUGAUGAUUAAUGGUUAUCCUGCCUCCAAUAAAGUCAACCUAAUUUUGUACUGA